AUGGAUGAGUUCAGAGUAGAACAACAACAAUCAAUCAAACUAGAAUUUGAGAAUGCCGAUGUUGUAGAAGAGAUAUUAGUGUCAACCAAGGACAUUGAAGAUACAUAUUUAGUUGACUCUAGUGUCAUUGGUGUUGAGGAUGCUGACAGUCCCAAAGUUCUUGUAGUUGAGCGCAUUGGUCCAUACUCCAAAAUUUUUUCCACAUUGUGUUUGGAUAAUGAUAUGGAAAUAAAGUCAUCUGAACCAAUUGAGGAGUCAAGCAAUGAGGAACAAGGUGCAUAUAUUCUGGAAUUCUUCUUACCAGAAAGUCAGGAUUACACACCUCAUGUAAAGGCCAAGAAGCGUAGAAGAUUACACUGUUCCCUAGGGCCAAUUAGAUUUGCUCCACCACCCCUGGAGCAUAACCGGAAACUUGAAGCCAAAAUGGGGCUGAAGAAAAUCACAUCGGAGCAAAAUGUUCCUAAUAUUUAUGGUACUCCUUUUGACUAUUUCUCAAGUCAGUGCACAAUUUUAAUAGUCAAUACGACUAUACUUCACAGUGCAAUUGAAAAGGGAGCCGUUUGUUUGGACGGAAGUCCUCCUGCAUACCUGAUUGAUAGGGGAAGUGGCUAUGGAGUUAAUAAUUGGCUUAUUCACAUUGAGGGAGGGGGAUGGUGUUCUACGAUAUCAGAGUGCAUCAAACGUACCGGUACUAGGUAUGGAUCAUCAAUACACAUGGAGGAUCAAUAUUAUUUUCAAGGAAUUUUAAGCAACAAGCCUAACGAAAAUCCAGACUUUUUAAACUGGAAUAGAGUAAAGGUUAAGUAUUGCGAUGGGGCAUCUUUUACCGGUGACGUUGAAGAAGUUACAGGGCUGCACUUCAGAGGAGCAAGAGUUUUCCUUGCCAUCAUGGAGGAUUUAUUAUACAAAGGAAUGUGGAAAGCUGAAAAUGCCAUUUUGAGUGGAACUUCAGCAGGGGGAUUAACUGCAAUACUACAUUGUGACAAGUUUAGAAGUUUUUUCUCCACAAAUGCUAGAGUUAAAUGCAUUUCUGAUGCUGGUUUCUUUGUAAAUAUAAAAACAAUCCUAGGGGAACCACAUAUUAAGCAGCUAUAUGAAAGAGUUGUUACAUUGCACGGAUCAACCAAGAACCUGCCACGAUCUUGCACCAGCUCCUACUUAGAUCCAAGUUUGUGCUUCUUCCCUGAGUAUGUAGUACAACAUAUUCGGACCCCACUUUUCGUUAUUAAUUCGGCUUAUGACUCUUGGCAGAUAAAUAACAGCUUGAUUCCUUAUAAUAACUGGAGGUACUGCAAGAAAGAUAUAAAUGUAUGCUCACCAAGUCAAAUCCAAACUCUCCAAGAUUUCAGGGUAAUAUUUAUAAGGGCAGUUAUAAAUGGAAUAAGACUAACUUCAGCAAGUGGAUAUUUCAUAACCUCCUGCCAUUCCCACAAGGGCAUUGAAACACCCAGCUAUUGGUUCUACCCCAACUCUCCUACAUUGGUUAAUAAGGCUAUUGCUCAAGCAGUUGGUGAGUGGUUUUUUGUUGAGAGUAUUAGAUUCCAAGAAAUAUCUUGUCCUUAUCCUUGUGGAAAAUUUUGCCAAAGCUAGGAACUUGGAGAGGAUGUUCAUAUUUUACGCGUAUUUCUGAUAUUUGUUUCUUUAAUUUUACUUUGUUUUUAAUGAUUAAUCCUACUCAUGUAAUUAUGGGAAGUAUAUCAAAUCACUUGAGAUUGAUUAAAUUGUUAGUUAAACUUUAUUAUAUUAUUGUAAAUUGGUAUAAUUGUUUCUCGUA